AUGGAGUUCAUUAUCAAGUCAAUAAUAUUGAUUUUAAUUUCUGAUAUAAUACAAACUUUAAACUGUCUUCCUGAAAAUUCUGACAUCUUUAUUCCAACUUCUAGUGUCAAAAGUUUGGCAACAUCAACUUCGGCUUUAAAUAAAUUAAACAAUAGUAACAAUAUCUUAAACUUUACUGGUAAACCUGACUAUGAAAACUAUGUCAAUGACAAUGAAUAUGAAGUAAACAAUGAUCGUGAUGAUGAUAUUCCAUUAGAACAAUGGAAUGAGGACUCAAAUGAAAACAUUUUCAACAAUGCUCUUGAUACUCGUACAAAAAUCGCUUUCAGUUUUUUAGGACUUUUUUUAGCGAAUGGAGCUUUUGCUGCUAGUAUUCCACCAGUUCUUUUGUUUUGUGUUACUGAUCCCACUUUGGUUAUAUGUGGUGGAACAUUGCUUGUUUUUGGAAUUACUGCAACAGUUGCUAUUCUUUAUGAUCUUGCUUUUGCUUAUGAAAUUCGUGAUACACCAGAGAUUUUUAAUAUAACUGAUUAUAAUAGUGAGGACAGCAAUUACUUUACUAGCGUUGAGUUUUCUACCAAAUUAAUCGAAAAUUAUGCAAAAAAUCUAUUACCAGAUCAGUAUGUCAACAUUGGAAAUGUUCAAUUUUAUAAUUCCAAAAAUUUAUUGAUUGCCAAAGAUAUCGAUUAUGGGUCUCAAGAAGUUUCAUAUAUAAGUUUUGAUUUUAAUAUUUUUUAUAAAAUUAAAAAGAUCAGAGAUUUUACGAAAAGAGUCAAAGGAUUUUUCAAAAUGUCAAUGGCUUUGUAUCUACCUGAUAAGAAUGGAAAAAUUGGAGCUGUAGUUUUGUUUAAAAAAAAUGUUGACAGAAAUAUUAAAGUGUUUGAUAAGACAUUGAAUAUUAUUGUUGGCAAUAAUGAAGGACUAAAAUUUGAGAUUGUAGCUGACUACAGAAAAAUAAAAGAGUUAAAUAUAACACAAAUUUUACAAAAUUAUUUCAAGAAUCUUAUAAAAAAUCGUGGAAAGACAAUAAAUGUGAAACAUGAGCUAUAUGGGUUUUCUCUUAACAUUAUGGGAGUCAAUCGAGAUCAAUUUGGUUUUAGUAAUAAUUUAGUAUCUUAUUAA